GGCGAUUUUUAAAAAAAAAUGAAGACUUGCUAACAAUAACUAACUUGCUUCAGUUAUUAAAAAAUAAUUCAUAUAAAUGUAUAAACAAAGAUUUGAUGUUAUGUUAUGUAGAACUAGGUAUCCAACUUUGAAAUAAGAUAUAAAAUUAUCCCAGUUUGCCAACAAGGCUCAGAAAGUUUGUGUGUGGAAGCACUUUAAUAUUUUGUAUUUUUUAUUUAAUAUUUGCUUUUUUAUCUGUAUAUGUUUUAACAAUUUAAAAUCUUCUGUGAGAGCCUAUGGCAUUUUGAAGACAGUGACAGAAUGACCAGAAUGUGUCCGAUGUUAUAUUUUUAGCUAGAUUAUUGUCACGUCUGAUCUGUGUUAGUGUUUUAUUUGAGUUGGACUUUGAGUUAGUUUUGCACUGUUCUCAGUUCAGUUUUCUGUUUUCUUUGUUCAUGCUCUUGUGGAAUAAGUUCAUGUGUUCCACCUGUGUCUUGUUAAUUGUCUUGUUUAGUCCCAGGUUGUGUCCGAAAUUGCCCCCAUACCCAUUUACUAUUCCCUACAUUAAUAUAGUUCACUUGAAGGAGUGAAUGAAAGGUGCGUUUACACCAUGUCGUAAUUACUGUAACUACGAGAUUCUGGCUCGUAAAAAGCGUUCACGUCCUCAUAGAGAUCAUAAUUACAGUUUGUAAGCUAGGUGGUUUCUGAAAGCUCCCACAUGUACCACAUGGCCGCUGUACCACCUGACUGCUGUAGAUUCAUUUAGGUGUUGAUAGUGGUGCCAUAGAAACUCAUAAUUCCCAGUCCGAGGAUGUGAACAGCUCCGAAUAUAACAUUAUGUGUUGUCAUCUCAAGAUUACAGUAAUUACGCGGUGGUAUGAAUGCAGCAUCAGACACUGAGUGCACUGGAAGGUGAUUCAGCUGCAUGGGCCAUCUUCUGAUCAAAUGCAGGAAUUCAUUUGGCGUGUGACUCUCACAGUGCAUUAUGGGUAUUCUCUAGCUAUUGAGCAUACAUCGGUUGUACACUCGUUAUUAUGGUAUAUUAUGGGAUUGAAUGAGUGCACUUGAUAACAUCCACUAUGGUUUCGGACACCACUACAAAUGGCUGUUCCCUCAAAGGGGGUUGAUUUCGGACACAGCCCCAGUGUGUCCUGGUGUAUUUAUGCAGUAGCCCUGUUCUUGGUUCAGUCUUUGUCUGAUUUUGUCUUUAUUACUGUGGUUGCUCUGUUUAUUCUUUCCUUAGUAUCUGAGAUGUUUGUACCUGAGUUUAUUUUGAUCAAAAAACUGAUCCAGCUAAUUUAUUUUCUGUUUUAUAUUCAGUGACAACUAUAUGUUUUGCUUCUAUUUCUCUUCUAUCAUUGUCUUUUGUCUCCUAUCUGCUAAGCAUUUGGGGGAAGAAUGAAGAAUUUCACUGUAUUCACUAUCAGUAUAUCAGAAAUAAUGUCAGUUUCCACAUUUAAUGCUAAAUAAUUAUAAAAAGACAAAAUGCUCAUAAAUCAAUUUGUUGUCAAAAAAUUUGACAAGAUCUGUACAAAAAGUAAGACUGAAGUUACAAUAAAAAUGUUUGAUUUGCCAAAUUCAACAGUGAAUUAACUUUGAUCCAUGAUGUUGAUUUACUACCCGUGAAUAAUGUUUACUUGAUAGUAAAGUAUAGAAUAGGGUAAUAGCCUAUUUAUUAUAGUAAAAUUUUCUAUGUCUAUGUAAACUCUACUUAUAUCAGUUGUAUCUUGAAAGGAGCAUAUGAACAGGAGGGUCAGUGUUUCAGAGAGAGGUGCAGAGUCACGCACUUUGCCCUAUGCACGUGUCUAUUGUUGUGUGCUGCUUGCUCAGCCGUUCUCUCUUCUGUUGUUAUGCCACAACAAAUGGCAUUGCUCUUCUACAACUAAAUACCCUGUAUACAACUCUAUGCAAUCCUUUUGAAACACUUUAUGCUUUAGGAAACUCAAUUUCCUUUUUCCGCCCCCAAAACUCUAAAUCUGGCCUCUUCUUUUGGAGCAACCAACUUCAUGAGUGAGUUUAAGCAGCCGAAUGAUGAAAUGUCUAAAGGACAGGUCUGGUCUCCUGGAUUAGGGACUUGUGAACCGAUCAUUAUGGUCAUGACAGCCGUCCCGAGAGUUUGAUUGUAUGACAGCUGUCGACAGAAAGGAUAGUUUUAAAAAAAAAAUAAAAAUACUGGAGAAAGUCUUACUGAACAAUCUGUGAUGUCUGAGAAACAAUCAGGAUUAGUGGCUGGUUUGGAUCCAGAGGAAGAGGUGACAGAUGUCGUAUGUGAUGAGUCAGAACUCAGAGAUGGAGAAAUGAUGGAGGUUGAGGUUGGUGACCACAAUGUUUUGCUGGUACGCUGUGAUGGGGUGUACAGUGCCAUCAGUAACCAAUGCACACAUUAUGGUGCUCCACUGAGCAAAGGAGUGCUAUCAGGUCACAGGGUCCGCUGUCCCUGGCAUGGUUCCUGUUUCAAUGUGAAGACCGGUGACUUGGAGGAGUAUCCUGGAAUUGACUGUCUGCCCUGCCACAAGGUGAAAGUCGAAAACAACAAAGUUUAUGUGUCUGUUAAGAAAAGGAUUCAGGGUCAGCCUAAACGUAUAAAAUGGAUGGGAGCCAGAGAUCAAGGGGUGUUACAUACUGUGAUGCUCCUAGGAGGAGGCGCAGCCUCUUUGAUGUGUGCGGAGACACUACGGCAAGAAAACUAUGGCGGCAGGAUUAUUAUGGUAUCUAGAGAUGGCCUCCUUCCUUAUGACAAAACCAGACUCAGCAAGGUAAUGAAUGCUGAGAGCGAAAGUCUCUUAAUGAGAAGAAUGGACUUUUACCACAAAUAUGAUAUUGAGGUCUGGCUGAAAAAAGAGGCUUUAUCGAUAGAUACAAACAAGAAAACAGUGACAUUUGAUGAUGGCUUAACCCAGUGCUAUGACCAAAUCCUUAUUGCAACAGGAUGCAGAGCAAAAUCCCUAGACUGCCCUGGUGCAGGCCUGGAAAAUGUGCUGAUGCUGGAAACACCAGAGGAUGCCAGGAGCAUCCACUAUGCCUGUAUGGGCUGCAGGACAGUCGUCGUGGGCACUUCCUUCGUUGGCAUGGAAGUGGCGGCCUACAUGAUAGAUAUGGCCAGUAGUAUCACAAUCAUUGGAAGCAGUGAACUCCCUUAUCAGAGGACUUUGGGCCGUGAAAUAGGAAAGGUCACCAUGAUGAUGCUGGAAGAGAGAGGGGUGACGUUUUACAUGAAUGACGCUGUCGCAGAGGUUCAAGGUGAAAAUAACAGGGUUAAGGCAGUGAAACUGAAGAGUGGUAUCACAAUAGAAGCAGAUCUGUUAAUUGUUGGAAUUGGUGUCAAUCCCAAUUCAGAGUUUUUGAAAGGGAGUCCAAUAAGGAUGGACUCGAAAAACUAUGUCAUUGUGGAUGAGUACAUGAGGACCAACAUAACAGACAUCUACUGUGCAGGAGAUCUGUCCUACUUUCCUCUCAAAAUGGCAAAAGGCCAGAGAGUGACCAUCGGCCACUGGCAGAUAGCGCAGGCUCAUGGAAAGAUCGCAGCCUUCAGCAUGUUGCGCAGGGAGGUGAAGCUAAACACAGUGCCAUUCUAUUGGACCGUCCUGCUGGGGAGAACCAUUCGUUACACGGGGUAUGGGGAGGGAUACACCAAGAUUGUGCUGAAAGGGAAAUUUGAGAACAUGAAGUUUUUGGCACUUUACCUCAAGGAUGAUGAGGUGGUAGCUGCAGCAGGAUUGAAUGUUGAACCGGCUGUCUCUGUGGUGGCAGAAAGGUUGGCAGAAGGAAGAGUGAUUACAAAGGCAGAAGCAGAGUCAGAUGACCUUAGCUGGCUGAAGCUGGAGCCCAUGUGUCCACUGACAGCAGUUUGAACUCCGAAUGAUCAGAAUUCAGCCAUUCUGUCCACAGUCCAUCCCAUCCAAUCAUGCCUUUACACAGAAGAUGUUUUUGUAACAUUUAUAAAGGCCAGCACAUUACAGUAUGUCUCUUAAAAAGCUUUCUACACAGCUCACAGAGAGUUUGCCAUUUUAACACGAAUAUUCAGAGAUGAGACCCACUACCCAUGUGCGAAUAAGAGAAGAAAAGAAGCUUUUAUUCUGUUCUUGCUGCAGUUCUCUGAGCUUCCAAAGAAAAUUUGAGAGUUUGCCGGUUAGCUCAGGUUCAGAUGCAUUAUUUUUUUCAAUAUGGGAUAUGAAUACAAUGCUUCAAUCAUAUAUUUAUCCUAAUCAUAAUUAUUUAUUAAGAUAACUUUUGGGAAUGAGCUUAUGAAAGAUGUUUUUUGUAAAUAGUAUCAGGUUUGUGUAGUAUUUACUCAAUGUUUAAAAGGAAAAGUAGAGUAAUUAAUCAAUUAUUAAGUACAGUCACUCUGGCAUACUGGGUGCUUGAUGAAUCUAGGUGGCGUAGUUGGUCUUCAAGCUGUGAAAUGGAGCAUGGGUAGUGGAAAAAUAGACAAUCACUCAGUGCAUCCAAUCAUAGUGCUUAGGAGGAUUAGAUGAACACAGAGCCAUGGAUGCUGAAUGUGAUGGUGGUCACAAAAGGGGGAGCAUAUAUAAUAGAACUGGACAAACAUGUUACAAAAGGGCAUAUUACAAAAGAAAUGCUGAGUUGCUCUCUUAAAUUGCCUCUUAUUCUCUCUCUUCUGCCAUGCAACCCAGUUUUCUUUCCCAAAUCGUCAUAAUUCACUUCUGUUCUUAUCAGCAAGAUUUUGUGCAGAGAUAUAUGGGUCAUAUACGACAGUCCAAAUCUGGAGGUGAUAUGUGGGCCAUGAAAUAGGGCUGAGACCUAAAGAAGCUAAAAUCCCUUUAUAAAGUACACUAGAUGGUGAAAAUUUAACAAUAACAUUUUCCAUAAACAAUUAGUUAGGUGGACUGCCUGUAGUUUUUAUAUAAACACACACACUGGCUUCCAUGUUUUAUGGGGACCUCCGAUAGAUGUAAUGAUUUUUAUACUGUACAAAUGUAUAUUCUAUCCCCCUACACUAACCUUACCCCUAAACCUACCCAUCACAGAAAACUUUCUGCAUUUUUAGAUUUUCAAAAUUAUAUUCAUAAGCUGUUUUCCCUCAUAGGGACCAAAAAAUGUCCCCAUAAGGUCAAAAUUUACUGGUAUCAUUAUCCUUAUGGGGACAUUUGGUCCAUAUAACAUAGGGAAUACCAGGUACACACACACACACACACACACACACACACACACACACACACACACACACACAUUUUUAUUGCUAUUACUGAGGGGGAGCAGUGAUCCACAAAAUGCACAAUAGAAAGGUGAGAGCUUUACUUGACAUUUUGUCAUUCUGUACAGACUGAUAUUGCUGAUAAGUACAAUAUUGCUUUUAUUGUUAUGACUUCCAUGUUGGUCCAGUUUUUCUAUCAGGAAGCAUGUUGCAGUACUAAUGCAUUAUUCAUGACAUACAAAUAAAGGAGCCCUUUAAGAGGUCCAGUUUCCUUAGCCACUACAAGAUGUGAACACAGGAUGGCAACCAUAUUUUACAGUUGUAGUUUAUAAUGUUAUCAUCACCGUUUUAAAUACAGCAUAGUAAGGAAUGAAUUGUUUGAAUGUACAAAUGAGUCACCAUUAUAAUAGUCAGAAGACAGUCACACACAAGGUUAUUUAUAUCAGAAGAAACAUUACAAUGUGCUGCAAAACAAGUGCAUCAUUUGCACUGGUUGGGCAGUUUUAGUCACUGUUACGCAUUCAUGGUCUUGUUUUUUUACAAAAAAAAAUACAGCACAUUUGUCAUGCUCAUAAACAUCUGUAACCCUUAAAAAGCAAUAAAUGAUUAUGUUUUUCUG